CCCCGACCCAUACCCGCCCCCCAUUAAUCAACCCAACCAUCGAUUCUUCCCUCUUCUUUAACACGCCCCUCCCCCCCUCGCCGCCGCCGCCCGAUCGAUCGAUCGACGCAGGCGCGCGCGGCCGCCACCAUUUCCGCGCGCCGCUGUACGUAUAGAUCUGUCUGUCUGUCGGGUGUCGAUGGCGGCGGCGGAGGAGGGAAGGGUGGCGGAGGUGGUGGUGGAGGGGACGACGAUGGUGGGGUGGGUGGUGUCCGGGGUGGCGUUCUGGUGGACGGCGUUCCUGCUGGUGCGCGGCCUGGCGUCGCCCAAGCGGUCCUACGACUUCUGCAACCGCGCCGUCUCCACCAUGCACGCCGUCGCCGCCGUCUGCCUCGCCUGCCUCUCCGUCGCCGACUGGUCCUGCCCCGUCUGCCCCCUCGCCGCCGCCUCCUCCCCCAGCCAGAUGAAGGCGCUGGCGGUGACGCUGUCGUACAUGGUGUACGACGCGGCGUGCUGCUACCUCAACGACGACGUGCGGCUGGACAACACGGUGCACCACCUCGUCAGCAUCGUCGGCAUCGCCGCCGGCCUCGCCUACCGGAGGUGCGGGACGGAGAUGGUGGCGAGCCUGCUGGUGACGGAGAUCUCCAGCCCGCUGCUGCACCUCCGCGAGAUCCUCAAGGAGUUCGGCAUCAAGGACACCGACCUUAACCUCCUCGUCGAUAUUCUGUUCGCCGUGAUAUUCUCGGUGGCACGAAUGGGUUUUGGGCCGUACCUCACGUACGUCACCGUGACGUCCGACAACCCCAUCCUCAUCAAGGCGAUGGCGACGGGGUUGCAGCUGGUGAGUGCCUACUGGUUCCUGAGGAUCCUAAGGAUGGUGAAGCACAAGCUGGGGAAGAAAAGACCGGCGCCCAAAGUUGCCGGCGACUGAUGCGAAAUCUUGUUUCUGCGAUCGAUCGUUGCCGUGCGUACGUGUAACAUACUAUUGUUUCAUGGCAAGUAAUCGAGAAUGUCUCAAAACAAUGGAUAAGAUAUGAUUCUACUCUAGUAGUAAUUUAAUUCUUACCAUAUUGUGUCCGGUUGUCCACUGAAUUCAAGUUAGGAAGCAUAAACGUGUCUGCAGAUAUGAAGGGAUUAUAAUUUACUUGACUCUCCAGCUUUGGUACAGAGGAUUUUCUAAUUCCUCCAUCUAAAAAAAA